AUGCCCGACUCCUCUAAUUCGAAAAAUGGCACUUCUCCCCCAAAACACGACAUUUUCCGUGCAGCCACAAGUGCAUUAUACAAAAGGCUGAGGGUGAAGGAACGUCACAAGACCUCACAUAACCAUCUGUUCUCCAUUGCUUUCAACACCCUCUCCAUCCUCCAGCUGAUCAUCGGCGCUACAAUCACAGGGCUAGGUCCCAUAUCCGACAACCACAGUGUGGCAGUCACUGUUCUAGGGGCAGUGAAUACCGUUAUUGCCGGCGUGCUUGCCCUCAUGAAAGGGCGUGGGCUACCGCAGCGUCUGCGAAAGGAUUUGGCCGAGAUCAGGAAAGUGCUGAGCUAUAUUGACGAGGUUGACGUUGAUUUGAGGUAUGGAGAGGGCCAGAGGGCGGAUGGGGAUGGGAAUGGGGAUGUUACGGCUCUCAUCAAGGAGGCUUUUGCCCGGUAUCAAGUCAUGCAGGAGGUUAUUGAUAUGAAUCAACCGGACUCUUAUGUUAAUGCACCACAGUUGGAGAGGAGCGGUCAACUUCGCAGGGACCAUCCGGGUGACGAGGAAAUGGCAUGA